CACAUGUCUCAGACUGAAUCUGGCUGUCUCCUAUCCAGCCACAGCUGUUCCCUUCAGCAGAGCCUGAAACUGAGAAGCUGCAGAAUUAAAGAGUCAGUGUCAUUAUGGUCCCUGUAGCAAGGAAGGGCCCAGAGAUGAGAUGACAAUCAGAACAAGGAAAGCAGGCAUGUCCGUCCGGUCUGCCACAGCUCCUGAUGAGGUGGAUCCAGACCUUCGACCGUGUCAUCGAUGAACACAGGAGGAACUUGGAUCAGUUGGAAUGAUCUUUCAGAAAUCCCGCAGUGCCCACGCUGGCAUCGGAUGGCUUUAUGGCUUGGAUGGGUCGGGAAUGUCAUCCUAGCAGCAGCUGUGAUCGCGCUUGGUGUUUGGGGUCAGACUGGAAGCCCGAGAACAACAAAUGGAAUUGAAUGUAAUUCCAGCCUGAAGGAUUCCCAGUCUUGUUCGAAUCAAAAUUUGUAUCCAAAGCCAGACAACAACUCAACAGAGGGCUGUGGGUGCAAACUGUGCCCUGCUGACUGGCUGCUGCACAAGAACAAGUGCUAUUGGGUCUCUAAAGAAAGUAAAACCUGGAGUGAGAGUCGUGAGGACUGCUCAGCAAAGAGCUCUCAGAUGCUGGUGAUCCAAGACAAGGGGGAGAUGGCGUAUGUACUGAGUAUUCCACAGCUGAACCUGGUCUGGCUUGGACUCUGGGUUCCAUCCCCAGAGAGAAAAUGGACCUGGGUGGACGACGCCACGUUCGAUGAAACACUGUUCCAGCUAACAGGCACUGCCGACAAGGAGAGCUGUGGGAUGAUCAAAGGGAACCGCACUAUUUCGGAAACCUGCACGGCUGUAGCUAAAUGGAUUUGUGAGAAAGUUGCCCUGAAAUAAGCAGUCACACCAGUGAGCGGCACUUGCGUAACUGAAAUGGCAAGCACCCUUGGUUGUUUUCUAAAAGAAAAACAUAUUUGCUAAUUAAAGAAUUCUAAAGCCUCCGACAAACUCAUUUUCCAGGAAAGAUCCAUUCACUUGUUCCUCAGGAUCUGGGUCUGAUUUCAUGAGGAGCUGGCUGCCUCCUGGGCAUCGUGUGUGAGCAGACACUCUUGGAUCUUAGGAACAGUUUGAAAAUUAAAAGUCGUAAAGCACCAGUGUCACUUUUGGAGACCUACGUGCCAUCUGGCCACAUCUCAGAAAGGCACCGUUUUGAACAUUCUUCCACCCUGCCCCACUUUCAGCCAUAGCCUCUAAUUCUGUGGGAGAUUUAGAUGAAAAAGCACCAGUUUGUAUUCCCACAUCUGGUAGUUGCUUACCAUUUAUGCACCCAAAUCUAGGCACACAAUAGUUCUUGUCACAGAUCCACAGGGUCUGGUCUAUGCCCAGCCUGUAACUAACACCUUUACUAGGCUGGGCCUGGCCUGUGGCCUCCCAGACUCUGAAACUGGGCCCUCAGCACCAGCUAUUCCUCUCUCUUUCUCUCUGUGGCUCCCUGCAGUGGUUCCAGACUCCUACAGGAGGCUUGUGUACGCUGUAUCCCUGCAGCACACAGUGCUCGCAGUAUUUGCAGCAACACCAGGCAGCCUUUUCAAAACAAGGUAACAAUUUAUAAAUCACCUGGCUACAGAAUCUGUAAGUCCUCAGAGCAGCAUAGAAAGGCAAAGGUUAAGGCCUGGUCCCCAGUGCCAUCAGCCAGUCGAGCUGGCAUGGGAUCCAUUUUUGUCUCCAUCUCCUUAUCAGUCCCAAGUGUGAGAUUCUCUAUCUUCCCAGAGGUCAGCCCUUCUCCCAGCCAUCACCUUUCCCCUUUGUUCUCCCAUUGGGGCCUUUGUCCUGCUUCUCUUCCAAGAUGUGACAGGGGAAAUGUCCUUUGUUUUAGUUGGUGUUUGCUAGGCCUGAACAUCACGGCCAGUGGGGUUCCCAUUGCCUGUCCAAAUUCUCCAUUGAUUUGGGCCAGUUUUUACCAGUCCUUUAAUGACCCCCUUCAUAGCAUCCCAGACAGCUGUGUGACACAAACACCUUCUGUCUCUUAAUCUGCCCCCAAGAACAGAUUUAACCCAUUUGCACCCCAUGGGUAGCAAUACAAAGCAUUCAGGGAAACUGAGGCACAUAGGAGUCAAAAUAUUGCAGAAAAUGCCCACUGCAAUAAUGAUGAUAUCCUAUCUCCUAGAACUGGAAGGGACCCUGAAAGGUCAUUGAGCCCAGCCUCUUACCUUCACUAGCAGGACCAAGUACUGAUUUUGCCCCCAAUCCCUAAGUGGCCCCCUCAAGGAUUGAAUUCACAACCCUGGGUUUAGUGGGCCAAUGCGCAAACCACUGAGCUAUCCCUCCCCCAAAAACACCCUUGUAGGUACAGUUCUUUGUGUGCUAAUCUACAGUCCACAGUGAGACCUCCCAUUGGAAAAUCUGAUCCUACUCUUUGCAGGCACUGCUCUGGGAAUUCACAGGAUUCAAAGCUGGCACUUGCUAGCCAUUGAGAGUCACCCUCUGCCCAUAAACUGCUCCUCUAGCCUGACUGGCCAGUUUUUCUGGUGGUGGUGGCAGGGCAGGGCAGUGUCACUGACUUACAGUGUCUAUGCUAUGCUCUAACCUUCCAUCAGUCUCCUGCUAGUAACUACUUUAGUGUCCUGGACCCCAACGAUCCCCACUGUUCUGCAACAGCCAGUCUGUAGCCUCAAUCACUCUGAGACCGGGGCCUUGGGGCCCAAGCAACCCAUUUGGCAAGCUGAACUGAGGUAGGAUCCUGUUCAGACUUUCCUCUCCAGGGUGCAGUGCCCUCAGUGAAUAUCUGCAGCAACCCCAGGCAGCCUUUUCAACAUAAGGUACCACUUCAUCAGUCACCUGCAAUACAGAAGCUGAAAGGCUGUAGGCUAGCAUCAAAGAGGUAGUCUUAGGCCAGAGAUCAGAUGGGGCAGGGUCCCAUAGGUUCACCAUGCCCUGCUUCCAUGGGCUUCACCUUUGUUCUGAACUGACUCAAGCAGCAAUCUCACCUCUUUGUUCUCCAGCCACAGCCAGGCUCAGGUGCCUCAUCUUCCCCUUUAGCAGUGUGAAAUUGCACUCCAUAUGCUUAUGAGUGUAAAUAUAAUGUAACUGGAAUAUGCUUUAUGCAAAGAUCUUUUGUAAAUUAUGAUUACAAAUCUUAUAAUCUACUGAGUGUGGUCAUCCUAUUUGUAUGAAUGUAUCAUUCUUGAAUGUAAAACUAGAAAUAUGAAGCAUUACUCUGAAGUCCUAUUGUAAUGAUGCAAAGUGUGGGCCAUUAAUGGUGGCUUGGAAUUUUAAUGGCUCCCAUUAACUAGGACAAUUAAUUGUGAGUGGCUCUGUUUACUUGCAAAACUUCCCGGGUAUGUGCAGGCCAGUGCUGGAAGGAUGAAGGCUGGGGUCUCACAGGACAUGUGACCAUGUCACAUGAUACUGGAAUUCAUCUUAAACCUGGUGCUUUUCUAUUUAGAAGGAGAGGUGGGAACCCAGAGAGAGACAAAGGAUUCCCACCUUGUGCCAAAGUUAUAAAAGGGGGUGGAGCAGAACAAAGGGGCCCAAUCAUGUGAAAUCCCUGGCUUUUCACCUAAGUUGCCUGCUGGAACUAACAAGGUCUGUACCAGGGGAAAGGAUUGGGCCCAGACUAGGAAGGAGUCUAGUCUGUGAAAGAAUCUUAUUGGAACAUCUCUGAGGGGGAGAUUUUACCUGUAUUCAAUUUCUUAAUGUAUUAAGCUUAAACUUGCAUGUUUUGUUUUAUUUUGCUGAGUAACUUACUUUGUUCUGUCUGUUAUUACUUGAAACCACAUAAAUCCUACUUUUUAUACUUAAUAAAAUCACUUUUCUUUAUUAA